GGCCCGGUGUAAAACCUGUCUCGUCUUCCUUCAAGUAUUUCGUUCAGAGUUUCUUUACAAAUUAAUGGAAACAGGUCCUGUUCUCUUCUUCCGAGUCUCAGAAUCCGAGAAUCCAUUCUUAUAUUAGUCAAGAAGAAGGAGUUUUUGGAAGUUAGCAUGGACGACGCGAGGGGAGUAAAUCAAAGCAAAGGCUCAAUGAUUGCAACAGAUGGUGAUGAAGUCACUGCAGAUGAUGUGAAAAAGAGAUCCAGAGAACAGAGAGAACCUCUGGAGGGGGAGCCUAGAUGUGUUAUAUGUGGUCGGUACGGUGAGUAUAUAUGCAAUGAGACAGAUGAUGAUAUUUGCAGCAUGGAAUGCAAACAUACUAUACUGCGCAGGGUUGCCAAAACCCAGGUGUCAAUUUGCCACCCAGCACCAACAAGGCUACCUGCCACCGAUGAGUGCUUCUAUGUGAGGGAUUCUGACGAUAAAUCCUCUACAACUGAGCAGACUGAAGUUCUCAGAAGGAAACUUGAAAUUCAUGUUAAGGGGGGCUUAGUUCCACCACCCAUUUUGUCAUUCUCUUCCUGUAACCUUCCUCAGAGGCUCCUACAGAAUGUAGAGACCUUAGGAUAUGACAUACCCACACCUGUCCAGAUGCAAGUGAUCCCGGCAGCAUUGAAUCGUCAAAAUCUGCUUGUUUCAGCGGACACUGGCUCUGGCAAAACUGCUUCAUUUCUGGUUCCUGUUAUUUCUUCUUGUGCAAAUUAUCGCAUAGAGCACCCGACUAACCGGAAAAAGCUGAUAGCACUGGUUCUAACCCCAACCAGAGAGCUUUCCAUACAGGUUGAGGAACAAGCCAAGUUGUUGGGGAAGGGUUUGCCAUUCAAAACUGCACUAGUGGUCGGUGGUGAUGCCAUGCCUUCACAACUCUACCGCAUUCAGCAAGGAGUAGAGAUGGUAGUGGGAACUCCAGGCAGGAUUAUUGGUCUUUUAACAAAGCAUGACAUUGAGCUAGAUGAUGUAUCAGUAUUUGUUUUGGAUGAGGUGGACUGCAUGCUUCAAAGGGGAUUUCGUGAACAGGUCAUGCAAAUUUUUACAGCUCUCUCUCAACCCCAGGUCUUGAUGUUUUCUGCUACAAUUUCGCCAGAGGUGGAAAAGAUGGCCAGCUCUUUGGGCAAAGAUUUAAUAUCCAUUUCUGUUGGCAAGAGUAACAGGCCAAGUAAGUCUGUGAAGCAAGUGGCUAUCUGGGUUGAACCGAAACGUAAAAAGCAGAAGCUUUUUGACAUACUCACGAGUAAGCAACAUUUUAUGCCACCUGUUGUGGUAUUUGUGGCUUCGAGAGUUGGGGCAGAUCUUCUGUCUAAUGCAAUCACGGUGACCACAGGGAUGAAGUCAUUAUCACUCCAUGGGGAGAAGCCCAUGAAAGAGAGGAGAGAGAUUAUGAGGUCAUUUUUGGUGGGAGAGGUUCCCAUUAUUGUGUCCACUGGAGUUUUGGGUCGGGGAGUUGAUUUGUUGGGUGUGAGACAGGUAGUAGUGUUUGACAUGCCCAACUCAAUCAAGGAAUAUGUACAUCAAAUUGGGAGGGCAUCCAGAAUGGGAGAGGAAGGCACGGCACUUGUCUUCUUAAAUGAAGAGAACAAGAGUUUGUUUUGUGAGUUGGUUGAAGUCUUAAAAUCUUCUGGCUCAGCCAUACCUCGGGAGCUUGCUAAUUCCCGGCACAUUGUUCGUUCUAUUUCUUGCAGCAAGGGUCAGAAAAAGAGAAAGCUUGGUUUUUGAACUACUUGUCUUGUUCCAUGUUGGCGUUUGAUUGCUGUGCUUGCAGAUUUUAUGUUAAGCUGGACUCUUGAAUCAUUCUGCUUUCAGGUGCUUUCAGGGUCCAUCCGAAAGAGGAAAGUAGCUUGCAACUUGCAUAACCAUCCUAUGGUCACAUCCAUUGUUGCUCGUCAAGUAGGAAGCCUUUUCAACAGAGUGUGCAUAGAAAUUGUGUGCAGAAGGUGGUUCACUGGUUUGAACGUAUUCAGUGUAGCAGUAAUUAUAACCCCCUUGGACAAAAUCCCAUCCAAAGUUGAUAACCUUCAAAACGGGGAAUUGGUAGGGUUAAUAGACGUUUCUUGUGCAAAUCCCACAUUGGGUCAAUUAGGCAUCUCCUUCCCCUGCAACUGGGCAUCUGCAAUUAGGAGCUUUCCACUUUAAGGGACUCUGGUGGGUGGUAAAAGAUGGUGGUAAAUGAACAAAAAGCUGGAGCUUUUGCAAGGGACGGGGGACUUGUCAGCAUUAUCAGGAAAGCCAUUUUUUUUGGAAGAUCAAGACAUUGGAAGGGCAAUAAUUAAAUGAAAUUGACGGAUUAAUUCCCUUGGCUUUGCAAAGGAUAAUGGUAUUGGAGCAGUGGGAACGACUCUUACAGUCUUACCGCAUUCAUCAACAUUGGAAGAUAUGACAACAGUGCCAACACCAGCAAUGUAUCCUAUGGCCAAUGGGCAAAAAUAAAAAGAUAGGAAAAUGAUGAUUUAGUUUACAUCUCUAAACUCUCUGAGACUUCAAAGCUUGUGUUAUGCUUCUGCAUGUCAAACUAAUAUUAUGCUACUUCAAGCAUCGUUAACCUUUCACUAGAAGCUUCUGAUGGGAAGCAUUUGAAGA